AGCUCCACGGCUGGACGCAUGUCUGGAAGCAGGCGCGAGCGCCCCUCUGCCGCUGCAAGCCUGCCCCCCGCGCCGGCACGAUGGAAUCUUUCGACCUGAAGCGGUACACGGACGCUGCGAGCCUCUUUGACGCGCUUUCGUUCACCGUGGAGGGCCUCCACCCCGUGGGCUUGGUCCGCAUGUCGUGGCUGCUGCAGCAGCGCGGUACGGUCCUGAAGAGGCGCCAGGAGCUGCUGGAGGAGGCGUUCGUGCCCGCAGACGAGCUGCGGGACGUCUAUGCCGAGCUGCCAGAGCCAGCGGCUUCAAGGUCGCACAGAUUGGGCAUCGUUUCGUUGGUCCUGGCAUGUUUGCCUAAGCCGCUUUGAGCGGCGCAGCACUGCAAUUUGAAGGGAUGCGAUUCUGUUGGCACUGGAUCAGGGGCAUGGGGACUACCUUGCCUACGCGUGCAGAUCUAAUACUCUCUCCGCUUCUCUUUUUUUAUCUGCACUUCCUAU